GACUACCUUUCUAUUUCUUACAGCGCUACAUUUGAGCACCUACGGGAAGCUCUAGAUUCUAUUUCAACCAUUUCAGAUUUCUCGAGAAGAUGGGUUCCUUGAAUGCUUUUUGAGAGAGAAAUAUACACAUUCAUUACAACUUAAGCAGCUGAGGUUGCGCAUGAUAACCACAAAAGCCAAUAAAUCCUAGAUGAAAAGUCUGAGAAUUAAUACAGCCUGUGAGAGACAUCGAUAUCUUUAGAAUAUCCGACAAAAUGUCUGGUUACUCUCAUGACAUAUCACCGGCUCAUGCUUUCACUGGUCAAGGUCACCAAUACCCGGAUCCAGAAGCAAGCCAAAGUCAAAAUUUAAUAUGGCCUACUCAUGCUUCAACCCCAGCGCAAGACACCGGUGUUCAUAGCCUGGACAAUGCAAGGGCCGAAUUUGCGGCAGCAAGUACGGAGCAGAGAAACCAGAGACGAGAGCAGGUGGAGGGUGUGGAUGAUAUUCUAGAUAUGGAUUUUGGUGGUGAUUCAGAUGACUCUGAUCCUGAUUAUCGGGAAUUUGGUAAAGGGAUUCGUAAGAUGCAAAAUGAGGUGCGUCAGGCUAGACACUUGGAUAGUGAUGAUGACUCCGAUGAAGCUCCCACUGGCCGAAAGAAAGGCAAAAAGCGCGGUGCCAAGGGAGGCAGAGGUCGUAGACCGGGUAUUAGAGGUCCACGGAAAGCAGCGGAGCCAACUGGUGAUAUCAAGUUACGGUUAGGUCAAGCCAAUCAUGCAUUCUUGAAUGGGCGUUGUGAAGAAGCUAGAGAUAUAGCUGCAGAAAUUGUUCGAAUUAAUGCAGAGACUUACGAAGCAUGGACUUUACUAUCCGCUUGCUUCAAGGAAUUAGGCGAGUACAAUUCGGCUGUCAAGGCUCUGAUGGUUGCUGCGACUUGGAGGCCGAAACAUCCCGGUGCUUGGUAUGCUGCCUUGAAUUUUGCUUUGAAUGAGACGGGCGAUCUAAGAUCAGAGUUUCUUAUCUCUGCGCAAUACGCUGCUCAGCAGAUACUUAGAGCAGAUUCACAAGAUCUGGAGGCUCGGAGAAUCAAAGCUUCUCUCAUGCUUGAGCGAAGGAACCUUAGUCACGCGGCCAAAGAAUAUGAGAUUAUUCUUAAGCGUUGCCCGUUCGAUACGGAAGUUAUUCAAACAUUAGCGUCCAUUUACGUUGAUCGAGGGCAGGUAGAAGUCGCCAUGAAACUUUACACAAGAACCCUCGAUAAAUUCAAGAAAGCCGAUGUAGAAAUUGACACACCCUUUGGCUGGACAGAUGCCUAUGCAUAUGUCGAACUUUUUGGGCUGAUGGAAAAAUACACCGAAGGUAUCAAAGAGCUCAGGUCGGUAGCCCGUUGGCUAGUUGGAAGAGGUGAAGAGGAUUUUUGGGACCAAUUCGUUGAUGAUGAUCGAGAAUGGGACGAUGAUCAUAUUAGAAGAUCUGAAUGUUCCCAAUUUGAUGCCAAGACAUUUCCAUUAGACACAUAUGGUCCAGGCUUGCCCGUCGAGCUACGAGUCAAACUUGGACUAUACCGAUUAUUCCUCGGUCAUUACACAGAGGCUAUGCGUCAUUUUAGUUAUCUUAAAACCUCUGACUAUAAUGGCCAAGGUCUUAUUGAAGAAUUUCCUCACCUUUUUGAAGAAGUCGCUGAUACUUUGGCCGAAAAGGGCUAUAACAAGGAUGCUUUGGAUUACUAUUUACCAUUGGCACCAGGCGUUGGUUCCGAAGGUUCUUCGCUGCAAUUCAAGAUGGGUAAGUGCUGGCUUGGUGAAAAGUCUGACCAAGAGGCCGAACUCUGCUUUCAAAAUGCAGUACAAAUGGAGGUGGACAACAUUCCAGCAAGGAUGGAGCUCGCUAAACUUUAUGAAAGACUAAACGAAAAGGACCAGUCUUUCAUGUAUGUAAAUGAAAUCAUAGCAAUUCGACGAACACAACGUCAAAAUGAGAACCCAUCAUUUGGAACAGGAUCCUCCGACCCUGCGCCUUCUAAGAAGACACGUAGGAAACAUACAUCAUUCCCUGGCAUUCGGAGAGGACAGUCUCGUUAUGCGCCACGCAGGCUCCUUAAUCCGGCCGAAAGGAAGAAGGAAGAGGCCGCCAGAGCGGAACAUCUACAGGACCAAUAUUCUAUUAUGAAAACAGAACUUGAACAGAUGAGAGCUGGGGAUCCAACGGCAACCUACAAGUGGAUGGAGGCUGCUGAAGAUCUUAUUGAUGAUUUUCGAGCCUUCAAAACAUUUUAUCCUUGGGAUAAAUAUGUCAAAUUCUUGGGUUAUACUCACGAUGAUAAAUUUCAAGCGGAGACAAAACUGGAGACUGAUUUGACGGAGAUGGCUGAUCGAUUAUCAAAAAAACUCGGAGCCGAUGCCGAAGACAGGACUAGUGCUUCAUCUGCUAGUAUUCCAGCUGAUUAUCGGGGUAUCUCGUUCAGCUCUUGGCUAGAUAUAUUUCUCGAGUAUGCAAUAUGUCUCGCGAAGGACGGGCAUGAUCGAGAGUCAUAUGAGAUUUGCGAAUCUGCUAGGGACGCCAUUGUCUUCUAUCAUAAGCGCGAGGAUAUGUUCUUGAUUCAUGUAUGCUGGGGCACUUGUGCUUUACUCUGUAAUGACGAGGAAAUGUGUAUCAGAGUGGCGAGAUAUUUUAUGAGAGAAUAUCAAUUCACCACAGAUUCUUACAGAAUGUACGCAGCCAUUGCGAGGUUGUGUCAAUCGCCAGUCUCGUGGUAUUGUUCAGGCCCCGAACAAAAGUAUAUGCUUCGUCAAGUCAAGGCCAUGGAUUUCAAUCUCGUCGAUAAAUCUCGUCGUCAAAGAGGCUAUGCAGAGAAAGCUGGCUACACAUCGCAGGACAAGGACGGAAAACCAAUCCUUAACGAUGAUAUGGACGUCGCUCUCCUAAUGUUAUACGGCCAUAUCCUUUACUCGGGAACAAGUUAUGCCUACUCUUUAAACUAUUUCCUGAGAGCUUAUGCACUUGAUCCAAACAACGCUAUAAUAAAUCUGAACAUAGGCCUUGCUUACGUUCAUCACUCGCUCAAGAGACAAGCAGAUAACAGACAAUUCAUGAUCCUUCAAGGUCUGACGUUCCUUUUCGAUUAUUAUAACUCACGCAUACAGUCAACCAUUCUCGAGGAACGUCAGGAGGCUCAUUAUAAUUUGGCCAGAGUUUAUCAUAUGCUUGGUGUCUCGCACCUUGCGAUAAAAUACUACCUUCGUGUACUGAAAGAGGCCGACGACCAGGAGAGCUCACGAGAAGAUAUUGAAAUUGAUACUGCAUACAAUCUCAAAAUUCUUUGUAUGGUCACAGGUAAUAAGAAAUUGGCAAAUGUCAUAGCCAGGAAAUGGCUCGUAAUUUAAUCGAUUGGAUUUUCGCAAAUUCUCCGAAUGAAUGGUACGAAGCGGGCCGGGCGGAAAAGGGGCGAAUUAAAUAAUUUGAGUUUGUGCAUCCCUCUUCCGGUCCAAUUUUAUAAUCUGCACAAUGCAAUCUAACUGGAGAAUAUCAGUUUUGCAGGACAUUGAUCAAGAAGCCCGAUGCCGCAUUUAGGGCACUAUUAUAGUAGCCGCAGUGACCCUGCAUUAUAUAGAUGCGCGAAGUGGGUUAUCGGGUUGAUUGGAGAGUAUUAAACCGGCUCGCGAGUCGUGAAACCACUUACAUAUAUCAGCGCAAAACCUCCAACGGCAAUAAAUUUUAAACUUUUUUCCACAAGUUGGUGAACAGACUCAACAGAAUCUUUUUGAAAGUGCAGAUUAAUUCUCAAAACGUUGCUCAGACGUAAUAUCCGAGUCAAGCAGUGCAGUUCAUCAAUACUAUUAUAGGGCUAGGUAUCUUUUGGAUGGAAUCUUGGAUGGAAGCUUCGGCGUAUACUUCGGUUUCAUCUCCUACCGCGCUUGGUACCUGAUUCUAGAAUGCCAUUUUGAUUCCCA